GGCUGCAAUAUGAGUGAAGUCGACGAGCCCAUGACCGGUGCAGACGGCGGUGAAUCCCGUCUGCCCCUUUCCGAGGACGAAACGAGAGUGCUGGAGCUGUAUGACAAGCUCCAAGAGCUGAGACUUGAAAUCGCCAUAAUCAACGCGCAGCAAGCCGGUAGAAACUAUGAUGAUGGGGGCAACAUCACAGAGGCACAGGAUGCGCUUCUCACAGCAAGGGCUAGAUACAGGCUACGCAACGAUGUCAUCGAGUCGGUGAUGAUGGCCAACCCGAUCCUCAAGGCAGUCCACAACGGCACACAGGCAUCACCAAUAGAGCGGGAUCUAUUCCCAUACGUGCAGGAAAGAGACGAGACGUCCAUAUCCGUAGCCCAGCACGCAGACAGCGUGGCAAAGCUCCGCGACGACCUGACCGCCGUCCAGGUGCAGAGCAUACGCGUAUGUCGCCAGAACAUGGACCUCACCAGCGAGCUCUUCGCGCUGGCAGAGCAGGCCAAGCAGAAAAAGGCCGUCCGCGUCGACGACCCCCGGGUCCAGCAGGAGAUUGAGAAGCUGACGAGAGAAGUCAAGACGAGCAGGCAGCGGUGGAGGGUCAUGAAGGGCGUGGCCAGCGGCGUCGUUGCGGGCAGCGGCGUCGAUUGGGCAAAGGAUGAGGAUUUGCGCAACAUUGUCCUGGAUCCUGAGGAUGAGGACUGAGAUGGGAUGGCAAUUGGAUUAUGAAGAUACCCCAUGAGCAGCCAAUAGAUAAUCUGUAGAUGCCUUGCUCGCUUAUCCUUGGCAUCUCACGCUCUAAAGCUAUCAAGUGUCUCCCAGAG